AUGUUUNUUUCCUGCAUACUGGCAUUCUUCUUGAAUUACUGUAUUUUUCUGAACACAACUCUAAAUUCAGCUGUCACACAGACAAUUUGUGGUAAUCUGAAGGAUCUAUUUACUAUUGGUCUUGGCUGGAUAAUUUUUGGUGGGCUACCUUUUGAUAUUUGGAACAUAUCCGGGCAAUUUCUUGGUUUUGCUGGAUCUGGUCUAUAUGCCUACUACAAGCUCAUUGGCAAAUAACUGACUCGAGUUCUCUAGAUGAAGUUUUUGUUUUUUUCAAUUUGGGAGUGCCAUUUGCUUCAGUUUUCUGCCCAUUACUGCAUCCCUCGAGAAGGAAGAAGAACCUGAACGAACUCGGGUAUUGGAACUUGUGAUCGACAGAUCGAUACUUGUGGGAAAUUUUGCUAAUUACAACUUGACAUACGACUGUUUCUGGGGAACUAGAGGAGAAAGGCUGUCAUGGCUAUAGUGUAUUCAAACAUCUAAUUUGAUUAAUGCUAUGCAUAUCUCUCUGGAAGUGUAACUGUUAACAAACAUUGUAUUUUAAUAGAAAAUUCAUCGUAGACAGAAAAUUUAAAUCUACCAAUUCAUUUCA